AUGCUUAGAUCAAUAAGAUUAAUACAACGUGUAGCUAAUUAUAGUAGGUUAGCCAAUCCUUAUGAAGUGAAUUCUAAAGUCCCUGAUUGGUUUAAGUCAAGUGAUUAUAUAGUAAGACUUGUGUUUAAAAAUAGGAAUCACGUUUUAUAGGUUCUGAGACUUAAUAAGUAAAUGAGAUGUUGAAAACAGUUUAAGCAAAGUCACUUGAUGAUCUUGUUGAUAAAAUUAUUCCAAAAGAGAUUCGUAGUGAAGCAGCUUUUCAAAAUCCAGAGAAUUUCCCUGAUGCCAUACCUGAAUCAGCCAUGGUUUAACAUCUUUAAUCUUUGUCUAAUAAGAAUAAGGUUUAUAAAAACUAUAUAGGAUAAGGCUUUUAUGGUACACAUACACCUUAUGUAAUCUUAAGAAAUGUACUUGAAGAUCCUGGAUGGUAUACAUCCUACACUCCAUAUUAAGCUGAAAUUUCUUAAGGUAGACUAGAAGCUCUUCUCAAUUAUUAAACUGUUAUUACUGAAUUGACAGGCAUGGAUGUAUCUAAUGCCUCCUUAUUGGAUGAAGCAACAGCUGCAGGAGAAGCUAUGUUCUUAGCGAAUUCUUGGUUUGAAAAGAAAAAAUUCUUUGUUGAUAAUCAUGUCUUUCCUUAAAGUAUUGAACAUAUCAAAACCAAGGCUUAUUAUUUAGGUAUUGAAAUUGUUGUUGGAGAUGCUAAAACUUAUGAUUUCAAAGAUGCUGAUUAAUAUUGUGGUGUUUUAGUUUAAUCACCAGAUAAUCUUGGAGAAGUUCAUGAUUGGAGUGAUCUCUUUAAACAUACUCUCAAAGAUGCUAAACUCUUAAAAGUUAUUGGAACUGAUUUACUAAGUCUUACUAUUAAUAAAACACCUAAAGACUAAGGUGCUAAUGUUGCUUAUGGAAAUUCAUAAAGAUUUGGUGUACCUAUGGGUUUUGGUGGACCACAUGCUGCUUUCUUUGCUGUUGAAGAUGAAUUUAAAAGAAAAAUGCCAGGACGUAUUAUUGGUAUUUCUAAAGAUGCCAAUGGAAAACCAGCUUACAGAAUGUCAUUAUAAACUAGAGAAUAACAUAUUAGAAGAGAAAAGGCUACAUCUAAUAUUUGCACUGCUUAGGCUUUGUUAGCUAAUAUGGCUGGUUUUUAUGCUAGUUAUCAUGGUCCACAAGGAUUAUAAAAAAUUGCUAAUAGAGUCAAUUGUUUAGCUAGAUGUUUUACUAAAUUAGCUAAAAGUUUGGGUAUUGUUGUUAAAGAAGGAAGAAUCUUUGAUACUGUUGUAUUACAUAACACAGAAAAUUUACAAGAAUAUUUACAUUAUAAUGCAUCUAUUAAUGUUAGAAAAAUAGGAUAAGAUACUAUCUUUAGUUUUGAUGAAACACAUACUCUCCAAGAUGUUGAAGAUUUAUUCAAUCAUCUUUAACAUUUCACAAAAAAAAAAGCAGAUUUUAUGUCAGUUGUUUAAAAGGUCAUUCCAUAUAAAUCUGAAAGAGCACCUUUUCUUCAACAGAAGAUUUUCAACACUUUACAUAGUGAAACAGAAAUGUUGAGAUACAUUAACUAUUUAAGAUAAAAAGAUGUCUCAUUAACUAAAUCCAUGAUUUCAUUAGGAAGUUGUACAAUGAAAUUAAAUCCCACUUCCUUUAUGUUACCUGUUUCAUUUUAAGGAUUCUCACAAUUACAUCCAUUUUCACCACUUUCUUGCACUUAAGGUUAUUAAGAAUUGACUGAUAAUGUUGAAAAAUGGUUAUGUGAUAUAACAUAAAUGGAAGCUGUAUCUUUAAUGCCUAAUAGUGGAGCCUAAGGAGAAUAUACAGGUUUGUUGUGUAUCAGAAAAUAUCACAUCAUGAAUGGACAAAAAGAUAGAAAUAUUUGUUUAAUUCCUAUAUCUGCACAUGGUACUAAUCCUGCUUCAGCUGUUCUAGCUGGAUUAAAUGUUGUACCAGUAAAUGUAAUAGAUGGUUAUGUAGAUAUAAAUGAUUUGAAUAAGAAAAUAAAAGAACAUGAGAAAGGUUUAGCUUGCAUAAUGAUAACUUAUCCAUCAACAUACGGAGUAUAUGAAGAUCAAACUAAAAAGAUUAUUUAAUUGAUUCAUGAUCAUGGAGGUUUAGUAUAUAUGGAUGGAGCUAAUAUGAAUGCAUAAGUUGGAUAUACAUCUCCUGGAUAUUUGGGAGCUGAUGUAUGUCAUUUAAAUCUUCAUAAAACAUUUGCUAUUCCACAUGGAGGAGGUGGUCCUGGAUUAGGUCCAAUAGCUGUAAAUAAAAGAUUAGCACCCUAUCUUCCAGGAAGAGAACAUUCUUUAGGAAGUGUAGCUUCAUCAUUAUUUAGUUCUGCAUCUAUUCUACCUAUACCUUAUAGUUAUUUUGGUUAACUUGGUAGAAAAGGUGCUAAAAAAUGCACAGCUAUGGCUAUGUUAAAUGCUAAUUAUUUAAUGAUGAGUUUAAAAAAUGAUUAUAAAGUACUAUUUACAGGAUAAAAUGGUAUGUGUGCUCAUGAAUUCAUUAUUGAUAUUAGACCAAUAAAAUAAGAGAGUGGAAUUACUGAAGAAGAUAUUGCUAAAAGACUUAUGGAUUAUGGAUUCCAUGCUCCAACUAUGUCUUUUCCAGUUCCAGGAACACUUAUGAUUGAACCUACUGAAAGUGAAUCUAAGUAUUUAUAUUUAUUUAAUAUUUAGAUCUGAAUUAGAUAGAUUUAUUGAAGCUAUGAAGAAUAUUAAAUAAGAAAUUGAGAAGGUUAAAAAUGGAUAAUAUGAUAAAAAUGAUAAUCCAUUAAAACAUGCUCCUCAUACUUAAGAUUAAGUUAUUAAUAGUUCUUGGAAUCAUAAAUACUCCAGAGAAGAGGCUGCUUUCCCUUUGCCUUUUAUUUUACAAAGAGGAAAGGUAUGGCCAACAGUUAGUAGAAUUAAUAAUGCUUUUGGAGAUAGAAAUCUCAUAUGUUAAUGUCCAUCUGUUUCAGAUUACCAAUAAUGA